AUGCGUGUACUCCUGUGCUUGGCAGGAAAUAAGGAAAGUGCAAAAGAAAAUGUUCGUGGUGUUGGCACUGCCAGAAAAGCUAAACCGGGUGGACGGGUGAAGUGUCAGUACAUUUCUGCUGUGGAUAAAGUGAUAUUUGUGGACGAUUAUGCGGUGGGAUGUAGAAAAGAUCUCAAUGGCAUCUUACUGUUAGACACAGCUCUGCAAACGCCUGUUUCAAAACAAGAUGAUGUGGUUCAGCUUGAAUUGCCGGUUACAGAGGCUCAGCAACUAUUAUCUGCUUGCAUAGAAAAAGUAGAUGUUUCUAGCACAGAGGGAUAUGACUUGUUCAUCACACAACUGAAGGAUGGUUUAAAAAAUACCUCACAUGAAACAGCAGCAAAUCAUAAAGUUGCAAAGUGGGCAACGGUUACGUUCCACCUUCCUCAUCAUGUUUUGAAGUCUGUCGCCAGUGCCAUUGUAAAUGAACUCAAGAAGAUAAAUCAAAAUAUUGCUGCCUUACCUGUAGCAUCCUCUGUGAUGGAUAGGUUAUCUUACCUCUUACCCAGCGCACGACCAGAACUUGGUGUGGGACCUGGUCGGUCUGUGGACAGGUCUUUGAUGUAUAGUGAAGCUAAUAGACGGGAGACAUUCACUUCAUGGCCUCAUGUGGGUUAUAGGUGGGCACAGCCAGAUCCUAUGGCUCAAGCUGGAUUCUACCACCAGCCUACUUCAUCAGGAGAUGACAGAGCCAUGUGCUUUACCUGUAGUGUGUGUUUGGUAUGCUGGGAGCCUACAGAUGAACCUUGGUCUGAACAUGAGAGACAUUCCCCUAACUGCCCGUUUGUCAAGGGUGAGCACACUCAGAAUGUACCUCUGUCAGUCACACUGGCAACAAGUCCAGCACAAUUUCCCUGCACAGAUGGCACUGACAGGAUAGCCUGCUUUGGAUCUGGAAGCUGCCCUCAUUUUCUAGCUGCUGCAACAAAACGAGGAAAGAUCUGUAUAUGGGAUGUUUCCAAACUUAUGAAGGUCCACUUAAAGUUUGAGAUCAAUGCAUAUGAUCCAGCUAUUGUGCAGCAACUUAUGUUAUCAGGAGAACAGAGCUCAGGGGUUGACUCAAGGAGACCAACACUAGCCUGGCUGGAAGAUUCAUCUAGCUGCUCAGAUAUACCAAAAUUAGAAGGAGACAGUGAUGACCUACUGGAGGAUUCAGACAGUGAAGAGCAUUCUAGAUCGGAAUCUGUGACAGGGCAUACAUCACAAAAAGAAACUAUGGAAGUUAGCCUUGAUAUAACAGCUCUCAGCAUUCUUCAGCAACCUGAGAAACUUCAGUGGGAAAUUGUUGCAAAUGUUCUGGAAGACACGGUUAAGGAUCUAGAAGAACUUGGGGCAAAUCCCUGUUUGGCCAACUGUAAGAGUGAAAAAAUGAAGGACAAACAUCUAGAACAACACAACAUUCCCUUCCCUUGUUUAUUAGCUGGAGGUCUAUUAACAUACAAAUCACCUGCUACCUCUCCUGUUAGCAGUAACUCUCAGAGGUCACUGGAUGGCUUAACUAGGACUCGAGGCGAGAGUGUCUCGGAACAGGGAUCAACUGACAAUGAAUCCUGCACUAAUUCAGAACUGAACUCCCCUCUGGUAAGGAGGACUUUACCUGUAUUGCUCCUAUACAGCAUUAAGGAAUCUGAUGAAAAAGCAGGAAAACUCUUUUCACAGAUGAACAAUAUUAUGAGUAAAAGUAUACAUGACGAUGGUUUCACAGUUCCACAGAUCAUUGAAAUGGAGCUGGACAGUCAGGAGCAGUUGCUGUUACAGGAUCCCCCUGUGACUUACAUUCAGCAGUUUGCGGAUGCUGCAGCCAACCUAACUUCUCCGGACUCUGACAAGUGGAGCUCUAUGGUUCCCAAGCCUGGGACUUUGGUUCAGUGCCUGCGUCUGCCCAAGUUUGCAGAGGAGGAGAACCUGUGCGUAGAUUCGAUCACGCCUUGUGCAGAUGGAGUUCACUUGUUAGUAGGACUGCGGACUUGUCCUGUCGAAUCUCUGAGUGCAAUAAAUCAAGUAGAGGCCUUGAAUAAUUUAAAUAAAUUAAACUCGGCACUAUGUAAUAGAAGGAAGGGAGAACUAGAAUCAAGUCUUGCUGUAGUGAAUGGCACGAGUAUUGAUGUAAUCCAACAUGACUCACCAGCAGAUGUACCAACUCCUUUAAUAAUUCAACCUGAACAGCAAAGUGUUAGUGGUGGAUACCUAGUGCUUUAUAAGAUGAAUUAUGCCACUAGAAUAGUUACUCUAGAGGAGGAACCAGUAAAAAUCCAGCAUAUCAAAGACCCCCAAGACACAAUUACCUCAAUGAUUUUGCUCCCACCAGAUAUAUUGGAUAAUCGAGAGGAUGACUGUGAGGAACCUGUAGAGGAAAUACAAUUAACUUCUAAAAAUGGCAGUGGGAGAGAGAGAAGAUCUGAGAUCUCUACUCUUGGGCACCUGGUAAUAACUACUCAGGGAGGAUAUGUAAAAAUACUAGAUCUUUCAAACUUUGAAAUUCUGGCCAAAGUGGAGCCACCUAAAAAAGAGGGCACUGAGGAACCAGAUAUGUUUGUCUCUGUGAUAUACUGUUCGGGCACAGACAGAUUAUGUGCGUGCACCAAAG